CUCUAUCCGGAAGUUGGCUGUCAUGUGACUUGUUUGUUGGCGAUUUGCUGUACGGAGCCGCAUCAUUUCAUUACAGCAACAAACAAACGUUUGUCGCGGGUAAUUCCCCUAUUCCCCCUAUCUCCUCCUCUCUCCCUGCUCCGCAAUGGACGAAACGAGCCCGCUAGUUUCUCCGCUUCGUGAUUCCAACGAUUUCAGCUACGGUCCCACCGAGCCGACCAGUCCCCGGGGCGGAUUUGGAGGGACGCCGGGCUCCGUCGUGCGUCUGCCGGCUGGGAGUCCCGGACGCAGCCGCGAGCGACAGCCGCUCCUGGACCGAGAUCGAGGCGCGUCGCCCCGGGACCCGCAUAGGAACGAGUUCCCGGAGGAUCCGGAGUUUAGAGAGAUCAUCCGGAAGGCAGAGCGGGCCAUCGAGGAGGGCAUCUACCCGGAGCGCAUCUAUCAGGGCUCCAGCGGCAGCUACUUCGUCAAAGAUUCAACAGGGAAGGUCAUCGGAGUCUUCAAACCAAAGAAUGAGGAACCGUAUGGCCAGCUGAACCCCAAGUGGACCAAAUGGCUGCAGAAACUGUGCUGUCCGUGCUGUUUCGGCCGGGACUGUCUGGUUCUGAAUCAGGGCUACCUGUCAGAAGCCGGAGCCAGUUUAGUGGACCAGAAACUAGAACUCAACAUUGUGCCGCGCACCAAGGUGGUGUAUUUAGCAAGUGAGACAUUUAAUUACAGCGCCAUCGAUCGAGUAAAGUCUCGAGGAAAGAGGUUAGCUCUAGAAAAAGUGCCCAAGGUGGGCCAACGCUUCCACCGGAUUGGCCUGCCACCUAAGGUGGGCUCAUUCCAGAUCUUCGUAGAGGGGUAUAAAGAUGCAGAUUUCUGGCUGCGGCGGUUCGAGGCGGAGCCUUUACCUGAAAACACUAAUCGCCAACUCCAGCUACAGUUUGAGAGACUGGUGGUGCUGGAUUACAUAAUUAGAAACACAGACCGAGGAAAUGACAACUGGCUCAUAAAAUAUGACUAUCCGAUGGAUACAUCAAGCAACAGAGACAGUGAUUGGGUGGUAGUGAAGGAACCCAUCAUCAAGCUGGCAGCCAUUGACAAUGGUCUAGCCUUCCCUCUCAAACACCCGGAUUCAUGGAGAGCCUACCCGUUUUACUGGGCGUGGCUGCCACAGGCUAAAGUUGCCUUUUCACAAGAGAUCCGAGAUUUAGUUCUUCCCAAAUUUUCCGACCCAAACUUCACCAAAGACCUUGAAGAAGAUCUAUAUGAGCUUUUUAAGAAAGAUCCGGGUUUUGACAGAGGACAGUUCAAGAAGCAGGUCUCAGUAAUGAGGGGGCAGAUCCUGAAUCUCAGACAGGCUCUGAGUGAAGGCAAGACGCCGCUGCAGCUGGUGCAGAUGCCGCCCGUUACCGUGGAGACGGCGCGGGCGCCGCAGCGGGCCAACAGUGAAUCCUACACGCAGAGCUUCCAAAGCAGAAGACCCUUCUUCACCUGGUGGUGAUGGGGGCUUUUAUGUGUGUGUGCAACCUGAUUUUAGUUGCCUUUUUUUUUUCUUUUUUUUUCAUCGGAAUUUUGGGAACAAAUGAGAGUAGGAAAAGGUCCAGUAAUUGACGAGAAACCCUUUCCACACAUAAUUCUGAAGGAGAGCAUUGCCUCGUUGACUGUUACACCGUAUAAACACUCAAAGCUGCGCUCAGAAUGACCUGCAUGUCAGUAAGACAGUGAAGGAGAAACUUUCUGCUGUAGUAAAACCUUGAUGCUUGACUCCCCCCUCCCGGCACUGGAACUACUGCUCAGCUGUCCUUCAUAGGCCUUUUCUGUUUCGUUCUUCUCACAAUCAUUGAAAAGUCACACUUUAUCCUCUGCUUUUUCCAUUAGCAUUAUAUUUUUCUACCUUUGUUUUUUUUUUUUUUUUUUUUUUUACGUGCAUGUGUCUGGUGUUCAUAACCUGGAGGCGGAGUCUCCUCGGAGCUCAACUGAGCAUGUGCAGAAAAACACUGGAACGUUCCAUUCUCACGGUGACAUCAUUCUUCUUUUUGCUCAUUGUUUGAUUUCAUUUGAAAAUCAGAAGAUAUUGUAAUUUUUUUUAAUGUAUUCACAGGUGUCAACAAAACUGACCUUAAAACGUGACAAUGGACUGUAUAAUUUGUAUGUAAUGUAUUUAAUGAAAGAUGCUAAAACUAUAACAGUGCAGUACUCAAUAAAAGAACAGAAUUGA